AUGGCCAUGAAUGGGACAGAAUGCUAUUUCCAGUUUUAUUCCCCCUAUGCACAGCAGAAGUUGAAGAACAUUGCCUGCUUCUGGGACAGACAACCCUCAGGCUGUAUGAGGAUCAACUGUGCCUUUCUUCACAACAAACCUCGUUAUAUCAAUGGACUUUUUCUGCCACCUACUACCAAUACUCCUUUGCCACAGGGUGAUGAAGAAGGGAUUCUGUCUCCAGCCCAAUGUCAGGGAUCACUCACAGGUCCAGAGAAUAUUGUAAGACCGAUUCACCCUCCACUGAUUAUAAACCUCAGUGAUGAAGAGGAUGAUGAAGAAGAUAAUGAAGAGAAUGAUGAAGAGAACUAUGUUUCUGACUGGGUGCCUAAGACUGCUGAGGCCUUUGAAGAGGAAAGAGCGAUAAAGGAAAUAUGCUAUAAAUCUGGAGAUUUUUAUGGGAUUCAGCGGCCUGACCAGCAGCAGUCACCCAGUUGUAUGUCACCAUCUCAGGAGCUACGGCGCUUGGAAGCUGCCCAGGGGGACUUAAAGAAAGGUGACAGCAACAUAGUUCCUCCAGAACUGAACAACACAAGUAGAGAAGGAGGGAGUACAGGAAGGAGAGUAGCAAAAGGGAGUAUUUCCAAAACAGCUUGCAGAUCCUUUGAAAAUGGAGGUAAGAUACUUGAGCAUGAACUUCUCAUAGCUGAACAUUACCUUAUGAAUGACAUAUCUGUGUACAUUUGGAUUGGGUUGUCCACAAGAAGCCACACUGCCAGCCCCAAAGUACAGCCCAGUUCCAAAACAAAUGGUCAAUGUAAAGAUGGUGAAACUUCUUCUCUUCCACAUAUGAGAGAAACUGGGAGAAAGUCUUACUUCAGUUCUUCAGAACCGCGAAGAUCCGCAUAUGUAGUCUACCGUACUGUCACUGUCACCCAAGAACCUAAGUUCGCUGAACCUAGAGACAAAUACACCUCAGGAUCCUAUAAUGCACCAGCUUGGGGGAAAAGAAAUCCACAGGCCAAAACAUUCUCCAAGACUAAAACAACCAUUCAGAGACAAGAAGACAUGGAAGUGAACCGAAAAGGAAAAGUACGUGAAGACGGGAGGGAGAUGAAGCGAUACCUUGAAUUCAGAAGAAAAACCUGA